GCAUCUUCUUACACCUGUAGAUAUUGAACAGGUGGGCGUGUCAUGGUUAUCUGGGCGGGGCCGUGCCCGGUGGCCUGAAGGAACGCAUACAGUGACAGCCGGUAUUACGGUGGACCGCGACUUUUAUGCUGAGGAGCCGAAAGGGUCUUUAGCACAGUCUGUCAAGUUCACACAAAUGGCUUCUAGAGAAAACCGACAUAUGCUCUGCACCUCCCGUGAUGGGCGGCCUGGAGCACACGGGCUGGAGUCGUUCCUCUCUUCUGUGAACGCGCCGUCCCUAGAUUCUGAGGAUAGCUCCCAGUCUGACCUGGACUCUGAUGAUGUGGAGAUUUUUCAGAGAGUUGACUGCCACGUAUCUGAUGUGUCUGAAGAUGAGGAGGACUAUUUUGUUUUGCCUGCAGCAGAGAUUGGCCAAACAGGUGCCGUAGUGGCAUCAAAUAGUAUUAAACCAGAAAAUAUUCCAGAUGUGCCAUGUCCUUCAUCAGAUUGUCCUACUACAUCCUGCACGAACAUUGAUGUGACCAAAGAAGACCCAACACCUGAAGCUCCUUCACAGACUGACGGGGUGGAUGCACUGCCACCAAGUGCUGUCUCUACAAAGCUGGAUAAUGCUGAAAGCAGAGAUGAAGAAUGUCUUAGAAAUGGUCAAAAAGAUUAUAAUCUCCCUCCGAAGGACGAAGAAUGCUUCCCAUUGCCGUCCCUACAGCUGAUCGAUCAGGAGGAUUUAGAGACAAUCCUUCAACAACUGACAGACGAGGUCAGAUUGCCGAUCUCCGCACAGGAUCCCGAAGAAGCAGUGCCCCCGUACAUGGAGAACAACUCGAAGAAACGACAAGAACAGAUCAUGGAGCAGCUGGCUGAAUUCAGUGCCAGGCAAUCCCAGGCCAGGACUUCAGAUCAGUUUCUUAAAGGAGAACAUGAAGCAGUCAACCCCGAUAGCUGUAACAGACCGUAUGUAAACGAGAAGAAAAUCAGCAAUGUGCAUAAAGGGAGACCCGGCGAGAAUAUCCCUACAGUCUUUAUAGACUUAAGAGACACUUCAUCCAGUCCAAGCCUGAUGACUGGUAGAGACCACAGCGGGGGAGAACCAGCGCAGAAGAACCUGCAGAGAGCAGAUGUGUCGCAGUCAGUGUACACUGGUAAAAGUGCAUUGCUGCGACAGCUCCACAAUAACAAGACCAAACCUUGUUCAUCACCUCCUGACCCUGAUCCUCAGCAGCCUGUCACUGGUGGUCCAGGACCCCCCAAAAAGAUCAGAUCUCGUCUCGAGCAGCGACAGAACAUCAGGGUGGAUGUCAGUCCGUGCAGCCUUCAGGACAAAGGAGAAAUACCAGAAAGGGACGGCAGCUUUAAAGGAGAAGAUACAAAAGAUGAUAGUCCAAGUAUUAAGGAUGAGGAGGCCAGAAAGACGCAAGAAAGCUGCAGCAGCACAGAGCAGCAGUUACAGAAGGAAAAGCAAUAUAGGGAAAAGAAGAGCAGACAGAAUAUGCAGAGCCGGCUGGAGGGGAUGAAGCCUCGAAGCUCGAUGAGCGGUUCCCAGCCAAUGGCAGAGCAAACACCAGUGUUAUUCCAUCUGGAAGCCUCCUAUGGCCCAGAGAUUGAGACAUUACCAGCGAGCAGCGAAGAGGAUAUUUUACUCCUCACUAUCUGGCUGUCCAGCUGCGGGCAGGUUCUCACACCAGGACAACACAUCAGUCGCUCAGCACUUUCGGCCCUCUCAAUGGCCAAUGCUUACAACGCUCUUCUGGUCUGGCUGGUCUCCUUGGUUGCUCCAUUAAAUCCCCAUUAUGAGGGUGAUGCCCCCUUCCAGGUACUAGGACUUCAGCAGAUGUGGCGGGAAGAAGGGUUGGCACUGUAUGCGUGUGUGUCACCACGACAAGUAUCUGACCACAAAUGUACCAAGAAUCGAAAACACAAGGGCAAAGAAGACUUUCGGGGGACAUCCAGUUUUUACCAACAAGUGUCUCUGUUUCUGUCACACCACACGCUGCAGAGCGUCACCCGCUGGAAGGAGAACGUCAUACAGCAGCUGCAGGGACAGCUCUUCCCUCUAAACCUGGAAGUUCCAGCUACAAAGUUAAGCAGCAUAGUAAUGGUGAACCCUGACCCUCAGGCAGUGCCGAAAGUUUUCUCCUCACCCGCUGGAUUCUUCUGGCAAAUGCUGGAGACUGAGGAGAAGCUGAGUCCUCUGGCCCCAGAACUCUUCCAGGAUGGUGACAUUCAGGUAGUUCCGGUCAUAAUGUACGAUACCCUGAUACAAGAUCCUGUUGCUUUUCACCAUGCCUUACACCUCAUUCUCACAUCAGGGUUGGAUAUAUGUGGAAUAAGAUUGCUGUACCCAGAAGCCUCUGCACUACGAUCCAGUAUAUAUACCAUUCCUUCCUCCUAUGUUGGAGGAGAUGGUAAAACCUUACCCGUCCUGGCUAUGGCACUGCGGGGGUACCAUGCAGGCAAGACGUGGGAAAGCAUAUCUGGCCCUUGUGAUCCACAGCUGGCCCGUCGGACAGACCAGAACUCACUGAGCGCCCUCUAUGGUCUCACCAGAGAUUCUCCACUCCUGCAUUACUCCCGCACCUCAAGCAACAUAUUGAGGGACCUCAGUCUGUGGUUUGGUGGCAGAAUAUCCAGUAGUGGUAUCCUUCAUUCUAGGAUUUCAUAUCCAUCAGGAAGGAACAAGCCACCCAGAUCUCAGAGCCCGAUGGAAAGUCAGUGCUGUCCUCCUGCACAUCUGACAGCCACCACUAGGGGUGAUAUUUUUUUGGUGGUCUCUCCAGUCGUACCUCCAUGUGCCUAUGGAGACAUCAUUGACACCUGCUGCCAGCGGGGAUUUAUCAUUCAUGGUAUCCGGCGCCUCCAUCUUUCUGGUAAACGAGGAGCUAUGUUGAGCAUGUCUCCCGCCCAGAUGUCUUUCUUUUGCCUAUAUAAACCAUCAACCCAGCAAGAGGAGAAGAUGAACUCCGUUCCUGCACCGCACCUCCACUGCUUGCUGCUCCUCCUCAGAAAGGAAAACGCAGGACAUCAUAUACCAGCGCUCCUCCAAGGGUUAAUGAAUGACCUGGCCGAGCAGGGACUCCUGGGAGUAAUGCGGUCCAACAUACUUUGUCCUGAAGAUCUUGAUCACACUUUAUGUUUCCAUGCGGUGCCUUUUUCUGACAGUCUACUGCAAAACCUGGGUGGAAACUUGCACUCCGUACCAGACUCCAGCACAGUGUGGCACAUGCAGUCCAGGCAGCCUUUCAGUUUUGACCCGGAAGUCGAACAAGUUGUAGUUCUGACUGUUAGCGGCAGACAGGCCCUGCAGAAAGCUGGACACUUCUUGCGUCAGAUCCUUAGACCGAAGCCCAAAAUACAAGAGAAAAGAGCAGGAACUGGGUUUCAAGGUUUUGAGCUCCUGGGUCUGAAGUGGAUGCCUUCCCUAAGUUGGGCCCAGGCUACAGCGCUCACCCCAUAUGAGGUCGGGGACCACGCUUGGCAGAAGAGUGUGGACCAGCUCGCCUCCAACCCAGCCCUUGUGUGUGCUCUGCGCCGCGUCCAGGCCUUCUCCACCCUAGCAAACACCAUCAAAGAGCUUGUUCCAGUCACUGCAAAACAACCAGUGCAGUUCAUCAUGUCUGCCACCCCUGAAGUUACUUUUCGUCAGGCUGUCCACUUUUUCACAGAAAGAGACUUAGUGUCUGACUCCCAAAGUCGACCUGUUCUGAAAUACAUCGCUCCUCCUGGGAUCCACUGCAGGUCAGAAGGUGGAGGGGAGCACAGGGGGCCGACUGAGUCCAUAUUCACAUACAUGCUGUCAGGUCCUCCUCCGUUGUACACGGUUCUCCUCCUUAAGCCGGGAUCCUGGAGCGGUCACCUGGGGAGGAUCUUGCGCAAGAUUGAGCUGCAGAGGUUUGCCCUGGUGGGAAUGAAGCUGGUGACACUGACAACAGAUGAUUCAUUCCAGAUCAUCCCCACUGAAGCCAAAGAGGAGAAACAAAUCUGCCAAGCCCACUGCGACUACCUGACCUCAGCCCCGUCCCUUGUGUUGUGUCUCCAGAGGAUCAAUGCUGUCCUUAAACUUCUAGAUCUCCUGGGCCCAGAUGAUCCACAACUGUGUAAAGCUCAAGACCAAUUCCUCUGGAGAGCGCAGUAUGGCACAAACCCUGUGCAGAACGCCAUGUACGGUUCUCCCUCUUACAAGGCUGCCAUCCAGGAGAUAAAGCGUUUUUUUCCUGACGGUCUCGUGUCUGAUCCCCAGUCCAUUGUUCUACAAGCAGAACAGGUCCCCAGGAUGACACAUGACUCCAUAUUUGACAGCAGAACAAAGAGACAAGCUGUGAAGAAUCAGCGCUGCAGCAGCGGACUGUCCCUGGAUACAGGCUCGCCGUUCACCAGCGCCUUGUGUCAGACCACCUGCCUGCUGUUCCCUUCUCGCACACUAGGUGGUUCCUCACCAGCGUACAUCCGAGGACUGGAACGGCUGAGCAGCAGAUCGUUCCGCAUCACUGGGGCGCGGCUCGCCGUGUUUGACCUAUCACAGGCUCAGUUUGUGGCGGAGCUGUACAGUCUGCAGGAUAGCCUCUCUGCUGAGUUCAAGGCGGAGAUCGCGGGCCCCUGUCUGCUGGUAGCCGCCCAGCGGGACAACGCCGUGACCUGUUUCCACUCGCUAAUGGCCAGCGACGAUCUGCAGAAAGACCAGAAGUGUCCGGCGUCCAUCCUGAGCCCCGACAGCCAGCGGCAGGCCGUCAGGAUGAUCAGCUGCUUUUUUGAUUCACUGACCCCUGACAGCAUUUACCAAAUCGUGCCUUAAUUUUCCCCGAGAAGAGGAGGUCGCGGUUUCCCGGAUUCCUUCAAUGACAAGGUUCAAUGUCGCCCUGAGAGCCUUGCGGGGGGAUAUUCGUAUAGGAACUUAACCAUUUGAGAGAUGGAAGCCUACAUAGACUUGUUCUAAGCUUCUCUAUGAACUAUAAGACAGUGUUCCCUAACCUGCAGCUCUCCAGCUGUUGCAAAACUACA